AUUAAAAUUAUAAUUGUAACUUUGGUAAUUGUAAAUUUGGUAGAUAAUUAAAAAUGAAAUUUUAAUUUAUAUAGAUUUGUUUAGACAGAAUGUGACUAUUGAUAAUUUUCCGGAAAAAAUUCAAAGGGAAGUUCAAAGAUCUUGGCAUCAAAAAUAUGAUGCAUUGCUAAAUUUAAAUGAACAAUCAAGAAAACAAAUUCAUGCUAAAAAUGCAAUCAUCAAAGAAAAAGAUUAUCAGAUGGAAAUACGAAAAAGUGAUUCACCAGACAACAGCAGCAACCAGUUGUUAAAUUAUUUCAAAAAUAAAUCAUUAACAUGUAAUUCAUCAAAAAAUAAUUUCAAUAAUUUGUUUUAUAAAAAUAAUUACACCUCAGAAAAUGCUGCGAAGCUUGGAAUCGUUAUUGUUUUAUUGAUCUUUUGGAUUUUAAUUAUAAAAAUUUUAUCAUUAAAGAAUAAAAAUUAUUUCAAAUUUUUCAAGCUAAAUUUAAAAAACAUAUUAAUAACAAUAUUUAAUAUAUUUAUUUGGUUAACACUCGGACCUCCGUUUGUAAUAUUUUUAUUAAAUUUAUUGAUCUAUCGAAAAAUAAUAAAUAUUUUAUUAAAAAUUAAUUUGGGUGAUAAAUAUCGUGGACUACUUGAUGGAAGUGAUUUCAUUUGGUCAAUUGAAGAUGCAACUGCAUUGUCAGUAAUAAAUGUACUAUGUUUUUUAGAACUUGAUUAUAUAAAUGACGAGUAUAAUAUUAUAAAUAAUAUAAAAUUAUUAUUAAAAAAACGUUUAUUAUCGUCGAGAAAAUAUGAUAAAUUAUUUUAUCAAAGAAUAAAGAAAUAUGGAUAUUAUUAUUGGAGGAAAUAUCAUAUAAAUAUUGAUGAUCAUGUUAAAUUUCUUGAUGAUAAUCAUGAUGAUAAUUGUGAUGGUAGCUGUGAUGAUAUUAAUGGUGAAUAUUUACGUAAUAUUAUUAAUGAUAAAUGUAAUAAUCAAUUGCCAAUUGAUAAUACAACAAAUUGGGAAAUUUAUGUUGGUAAUACAAAAUGUUGCAAAUUAAUUGACAAUAAAAAUUUUCAUGAUAAAAUUAAUAUACCAUUGUUAUUUCGUAUUCAUCAUAGUGUUGGUGAUGGAGUUGCUCUUUUGAGACUUCUCAUUGAAGCCAUAUCAGAUGCAAAUAACACAAUAAAAUAUGAUGAAUAUUUUUUUAAUUAUGAAAAAAUAUUAUCAUCAAAAAUACAUUCAAAUAUUAUUUAUUAUUCAAAUAAUUUAUUAACAACAACAAUGCCAUUUUCACCAACAUUUACUGAAAUUAUAUUUAUCAUUAAAUUUAUAUCAAAAAUUAUUGCUGAAUUUAUUGCUAAAAUUUUAAUCAGCCAAGAUAUUAUAUUUGAUAAAAUUCAAAAUAUUUUAAAAUAUUUUUUUAUCAUUAUUUCAAUUCCAAGCUGUGUGAUUAAUCAAACAUUGAAAAAUCAAAAUAAUAAAAAGUAUAAAUUAAGUGGAGAAAAAUUAAUAUCAUGCUGGAUGGAAAAUCAAGAUGAUAAUCUUAUUUUAAAAAUUCGAGAUAUUAAAAAUAUUAGUGGGACUAAAUUUAGCGAUGUUAUUAUCACUGCAAUAACAUCAAAUAUUCAUAAAUAUUUUUAUCAGGCUGGAGAAAUUGUUUCGAAAAAAUUGACAAUUGUUGUUCCAUUACCAAUGUCACAAACAAGUAAACAAUUAAAUUUAAAUAAUAAUUUUAGUGUUGGUAUAAUGCCCUUGUGCAUAUCUUCAAUAAAUAAAAAUAUGGAGUCAUUCAAUUUGGAGCUAUUACUAAGAAGAUUAAAAGACGUUUCCGAGUCAUCAAAAAAUUUGAAAAACAAUUUCGAUUAUAUUAUAAAUUACUGGAUUUUAAAAUGGCUAAUAACUUUGCUUCCAGAAUAUUUAUUACGUAUUUUUAUUCAAAGUAAAAGCUCCAUGAUAUUCAGUAAUUUACCAGGACCAAUUGACGAGAUUACUAUCAUGGGAAAACGUCUAAAAAAAAUUGCAUUUCUAGUACCAAACAGGGGAUAUACUGGAAUUGGAUUUUCCUGUUUAACAUAUAAUGGAAAUUUAAAUCUUUCGGUGAUUGUCGACAAGGCAAUUAUUUCUAACAAUAAAAUACUCGAUGAAAUUAUUAGAGGAUCUAUCAAUGACAUCAAAAAACUUCACGAGUAUUACAGUAUUUAAUUUGAUAAUUAAAAAAAUUAAAUAAAUGUGUUGUUAAGACUGAAACACCCACGGACAAAAGUAAUACGGAGUGAAAAAAAAAAACAAGACACAAUUUAUUAUUAAAUAAAAAUAUUUUUAUAAUUUAUAUUAAUUUAUUUAGUUAAAAAAAAAAUUUAUUUACGAUUAUUUCGGGUAAAUAAAAGAGGCCAAAAAACAAUAUCAAAAAGUGUUGUAAAAAAUGAAUGAAUUAAAUGUGGUUCUUUGGGUUUAAUUUUUGAUGUUGAUGAAUUAUUUAUUUUCAUUUCUUUGGCUUUAUUAUUAUAUGAAGAAUCAAAGUUAUCACUUGAUGCUGACAAUUCAUCAUCAGUACUUGACGUAAACAUUCUACGACUUUUGAAUGUUCUCAAUGAGCUAUUAUUGUUUCUUUUUAAAUAAAAAAAUAUAUAAAUAAAAUGUCAAUGAUUUAAUUGUAAAAAUGAAAAUACUUACGUUGGCCAACUGGGACACUUGGUCAUUUUUCUAGAUGAUUUUUGUAAUGGAGAAUUUUUAUUUUCCCAUAAAUGAGAACAAGAUGAUACCUUUGAACCUGGAAUAACUGACAAAGAUGUUGCACUUUGUUCUGUUGGUAAAUUUAAUUUAACAUCAUGAUUUUUAAUGUAAUUAUUAUCAUGAUUUGUUUGAAGAUUAACAUCUACUUGUUUACUAUUUAUAUUUGUUGCAACUGUCUGGGUUUUAACAAUUGGACGUUUUAUAUUUUUUAUAUUUUUGUUGUUAAAUUUUGUCAUCUAAAAAAAAUAUACUAUUAAUAAUAAAAAUAAGGAUUCAA